AUGUCGUUUGCCCAGCACCAAGAGUUUGUGAAUUCAGUUUCACAGAUACAAAAGGAAAAUGAGGAAAGAGAAUUGCACUGGUUUAUCAACCAUACUGUGAUACCUGAGUUUCCCCAGAUCAUCGAAACUCUUUCAAUGUGCUCCAACUUAUUACUUUACAACUCUCCACAGCACCCGGACCCCAAAAAUAGAAUUGAACGAGGUCCACCAGUUAAACUUCCUGUGUCAACAAGUAAACUGGAAAAAUUGAAGGGAAUAGUUGUACGGGACGGAGCAUACGUCACCCAAUUUCAAGUUGCAACCAGAGACCAUUAUUUUAACAAAUGUUUCAACAAAUUGAAUUUGACCAAACCCAUUUUGCUCAGCCAAGUUAUCGAUACUAAAGUGGCCAUUGAUGACUCGAUUCAACUAAUGGAAAGUCUUUCAAAGUUAAGUAAAGCUGAGCACGAGCAUAAGGAUGACAAAGACCACGAGGAUUACCACAGAAAGCUAUACACCUCUUUUCGGGAUCUUUUAUUUAAAGUUCAGACUGCAAAGACAAGCUUGCAACUACCGACGGACCCGCAUUUGGUAUUUCCUAUGAAAUUGACUCCUCGUGAUUAUUUUGCUCCGGAACUUCCUCCUACGAUAACAGUGGAUUUCUACAUCAGCCAAGCCGAAAUAUGCAUUGACAUGAAGAGUCUCCAUCGAAUAACUGAGAAACCAUGGAGCGAGGUUGAUUCCAAGACGGGCAAGUCGUAUGUCGACAAACUACGUGAAGAAAUGAAACUCACAAGUACUGACUUGGUAAUGAUAGAGGGAAAAGAAAAGAAAAAAGGAGUUGGAGGAACUGCAGAAAGUAGUUCAACAUUGAACAGCAGUAAAGUGGCUCUGCGAUCAAACUCGGUAACCCCUGCUGCCUCUAUCUCAGAUAUUUCAGAGCGCGCAGAUCUGGAGGGACUGGCUAGCCAUACGUUACUGAAACAAAGUAGCUCUGAUGAUCAAAACCAAGGCUUUCUUAGUAGCAUGAUGAGCCAUAUACAAUUUAAGCCCAAGCACGAUCCCAAUGAAUACAUUAUGAGAUGUGUUACGUAUAACCAUAUGGUGGUUACGAUCAAUUCCAAGAUUGAAGUGUCAUCAGAGGAUCCUAUCCUAGUAAGUUGCUUCACCAAGCUAAAUACAAUCGAGUAUUUGAUUAGAAAGAUCUUGGAUAGUUUGGAUAUUUUCAUUAGUUAG